CAUGACGCGCGGUGGCAUGAAUUUCCCUCUAGUCUAACCAGUCAAACCAAAGUAGGCCUAGCCAAGAGGGGACACGCUUUUCAUUAGAUUACAUUUGCGACAUGUUAUCUGAAGAAGGGAAAGGGGAUACAGAUAGCAUGAGGAUUCUAGCAAUUAUGAUUACUGUUCUUGGAGUGGCGGACUGCGCGUUUACUGAACGGAGCGCGGUUCUUGACACCGACUGCCCGUCACUUUGUAAAUGUGAAGACGACGGCAUGCUUCUACGCGUGGAGUGUGUGGAACUCGGUCUUGUGCAGUUGCCCUCAAAGUUGAGCAUGUUUACGUCCUACCUUGAUCUGAGCAUGAACAACAUCACUCUGCUGCCCCGUGAAGCCCUGUCCAACCUGCCCUUCCUCCAAGAGCUUCGACUAGCAGGAAACCACCUGACAGACAUCCCUGAAGGGGCUUUCAUUGGCCUCUUCAAUCUCAAAGUGUUAAUGCUCCAAAACAAUAAUCUAAGGCGGGUUCCAAAUGAUGCUCUUGAGAACCUGAGGAACCUACGGUCUCUGCGUUUGGAUGCCAACCGCAUUACCAGUGUGCCUGCGGGCUCCUUUAAGGGCCUGGCAUCGCUGCGCCACCUGUGGCUGGAUGAUAAUGCCCUCAGCGAGGUCCCGGUCCGUGCCCUGGACAGCCUGCCCACCCUGCAGGCCCUCACCCUGGCCCUCAACAGCAUCACCCAUGUCCCAGACCGGGCCUUCGCUAACCUCACCAGCCUGGUGGUCCUGCAUCUCCAUAACAAUAAGAUCCAGACACUGGGCGAGAGGUGUUUUGACGGGUUGCUCAGCCUGGAGAGUCUAGAUUUGAACUACAGUAACCUGACAAUGUUUCCAAUGGCCAUUGGCGCCCUUCCCAACCUCAAAGAGCUAACUUUCCAUAGUAACUACAUCAGAUCCAUCCCGGAGCAUGCCUUUGUGGGAAACCCAUCUCUCAUCACAAUAUACUUCUACAACAAUCCCAUCCAGUCUGUAGGCAAGUCGGCCUUCCAGAAUUUACCAGAGCUCCAGAUGCUAGCACUCAGGGGAGCAACAGAGGUGACAGAGUUCCCAGACCUGACCGGCACAAACAGCCUGGAGACCCUAGCUGUGACAGGUACACACAUCUCUACAUUACCCAGAAACCUGUGUGAUUUGCUGCCCAACCUGGUACAGCUGGAUCUCUCCCAUAACCUGAUCCAGCAUCUUCCAAGAUUCAGUGGCUGCAGAAAGAUCCAGAAAAUUGACCUCCGUCACAACCAUAUCCAUGAGGUUCUAGCGGACAUCUUCCUGGGGCUGACUGAACUCAGAACCCUGGACCUCAGCUUCAACCUGUUGUCCUCUGUCCCUUUGGAAGGUCUUCAGGACCUCACACACCUCAGGCUGGCAGGCAACACGGCCCUGAGGCCCUCGCUCCUGGCCCAGAGCCUGCCAAAACUCAGGGUAGUGGAGAUGCCAUAUGCCUUCCAGUGCUGUGCUUUCGUAUCUGGUCCUGGUCAAAACUCCAAGUCCCGCUACAUUUGGAAAACCAACAUCUCCGAAGACCUUGUCUCUGUGACAGAAAAACACAUUGCAGUCAGCCAAGAAAAUGAAGACCAGGAGAGAGAGGGAGACAGCAAGCACCAACACCCUGUCCACUGUUUCCCAUCUCCAGGUCCACGCCGGCUAUGCCAGAGCCUGUUUGGGAGCUGGCCAUUGCGUGCUGGUGUGUGGCUCAUCGUCAUCCUCUCCUUCGCCUGUAACUCCCUGGUCCUCGUCUCCAUUGUCCUCUCAACAUCUCCUACACCCCCUACCCAGUAUCUCCUGGCAAUGCUGUCUGGGGUCCAUCUCGUCACGGGCCUCUCUAGUGCCACCCUGGCUGUACUGGACGCCGUUACAUUCGACCACUUCACCAUGUAUGGCCCAUGGUUGGGGAAUGGGCCUGCUUGCUGGGUCUUUGACUUCCUGUCCAUCUUCUCCGCAGAGGCUAGUGUCUUUCUGCUGGCAGCAAUCGUCUUAGAGCGCGGAUGGAGAUGUACCGUCCAGGGCUCAGAUAGGUCAGAGACCUGCACCAGGAGAAGGCGCCCAUUGGGGGGGCGGGGUACUCAGGGUAUCUCAGCCCUUUGCUGUGUCCUUGCUGGAGCCAUUGCCAUCCUGCCUCCCCUCAUCAGGGGUGAGUAUGGUCUCUGGUCCCCCUGCAUAGCGAUGGCCUCCCCCUACACGCCCUCCUCCUGUUUGGGCCACAGCUACGCCACGGCCUUGGUCCUGCUCAACUCCCUGUGCUACCUCCUGAUGACCGGCACCUAUAUGCGUCUCUACUGCCACAUGGAUGAUGGGACAGCGGAGGAGGACGUCGUCACUGCCCGCGAGUGCUCUGUUACCAGACUGCUGGCCUGCCUCCUGCUCACCAACUGCCUGCUCUCCUUUCCCGUGGCGCUCCUGUCCUUUUUCUCCCUCCUCCGGCUUUCUGUCCUCACCAGCCCAGAGGUGACCAAGGCCGUCCUGCUCCUGGUGGCCCCUCUGCCCGCCUGUCUCAACCCCCUGCUUUAUAUCCUAAUCAGCCCCCAUUUCAAGGAGGACUUGAACAGGCUUCUCUGUUGGAUGACAUACAGGCAGAAGAUAGGGCAGCACAGCACUGGUUCUGUCUCGGUAGACUCCGAAGAUGCAGAGAAACAGUCAUGUGACUCCCUGCAAGCGCUGGUGUCUCCCACUAUGUAGGGACACACACACACACACCAAACUGCUUAUCGGUACGAAAGGCCCUGCCCCCAUCAGUUGUAGUCCCAGGUGCAUGCUGGUCACCAAACAGUUUGUACAGGGAUUGGUAGGUUAUCGUGAGAUAUGGACCAUGGUACAGAUGACUUUGAGAUGGCCAUUAGAUUGUGCUCUUCUAGGUAACCGUUUUUAUGAAACUCUCGAAAUACUCAAGAUAAAAAUCAGUGUAUGCGGACAAUAUACGGUUACCAAUACUACAACAAAUGACAUAUUUAGAAUAUUUUAUUACAAAUUGAUAUUUAAAUAUUAUUUUUAUAUUUGGCACAUAGUGGAAAUCAAAUAUUACAAAGACCAAAAUAUUUUGA